UAUGAAUAUAACAGUGUGCUGUUAAUAGUCCAUAAAGAUACAGAGUCGGAUAAUGGGCGGGGAUGGAUCAACAACUAUUCAAAGAUUUAAGUGAAAUCCAUGCCAGACUGGUUGAUCAUCGACCUAUACUACAAGGUCAUAUAAGCUUCUUUGUUAAAGAGUUUGAGGAUAAAAGAGGUGAUCACGAUCGAGAAAGACUGAAGAAAUUAAAUGAAGAAAUCCGAGAAAUGAAAGAUGGGCUUUUACCAGAAGCAAUGCAAGGGAUGGACUGUUUCUUGGCAAAUCUCACAGCCAAAUUAAAAGUAGCAACAGAAGUUUGUAAAAGAGUUGAAGAAAAAGAAAACAGUGUGGAUACAGAAAUUUUAGAAAUAGAACGCGAGAGACGGAGGAAGGAUUGGACGGAAUUCUUAGCUCGACAGCAUGAAACAUGUGAUCAAGUAGAUGCAGAAUUUUCCGAGCAGGCAGAAAUUGUGGCAAAACAUUAUGAAGACCUUGAGAAAAAUCUGACAGCGAUGAAAAAUUCCACUCCUUAGUGAAACAUUCCAAUAUUGAUGAAAAACUCUGUUUAAUUGUGUAUUGUAUUAUUUAUUAUUUGUUGACGUUUUCAAGUGCAAUAAACACAGUGUAUGUAU